AUGAACAAGACACAAUUGCGAGAGCAACAGCAUGUUUUUUCUUCACAGCCGAUCUUUCAGGAAGGUAUCGACGUGCAUUCGAACAUUAUCAAUGAUGAGCGUAGAUUCGCAGUUGAAGUGGACUGCUAUCAAUUCAAACCAGAAGAAAUUCAGGAUGACACUUUGAUGAUCGAAGGACGGCACGAAGAUGUCCGCGAUCGUGACAAUUUCACAAAAAUGUACUUUGUACGAAAGUACCAAAUGCCGCAUGAUGGCCGUCUGACAGUCGAGGCGCCACGUCGUUACGCCGUAACCGGAAGAGACCGUGUGAUUCCAAUUGAAGGUGCAAGAUCCUCAUCGUCGCAACGUAUUCAUGAAUCAUCCUACACAAGUGAGUCCGGAAGACCCUAG